ACUCAUUAAGGAAGGAGUCACCUCUGCUUUACAAAAUGAACAAGACUUGGGGAAGGCCUCUUGAUAGAGACCUCUUCAAAUAUGGUAGCUUCCCGGAGACAGAGAGGCCCAGCAAAAUGAAAACUACCUGUAAAUAAGCCAAAAGAGCAUAAAAGAUAUUUCUCAAUGAUUUCCAAUUCUAAGCUAAGGGGAGAUACUUUUGAUGCUAAACACAUCUCUACUCUCUUGAAUAAAUCAAUUCCUGAUUCUGAAGUCAAAAAGGCAAAACUUCAAAGAGAAGAAUAGCCCAAGUCCGCAUCACAGAUCAGUCAAUGGUAGAAAAUCCCUUCCAAACUCAGAAGCUGAACGAGAGUUCAGGAUGUCCUCAUCAUUUAUGACUCCUAAAAGAGAAGACAUGAAACAGAAAUAUUUCCUAGAAACCUACAACGGAUCUCCAGGGUUGAUAAGGUACAAGGGAGAGAGCCCCAACGAUCUGUAUGGACAGCCUUACCAAGAAUCCUCUCUUCAGAACUUCAAGCAGAAGUCAAAGAUAGGGAAUAUUGCUGUUCCUUCAGAGUCAGACCUCAAGCUAAGAUCCUCAGUUUGACAGAAAAUAGAGUUUGAGAAACUUAAGGAACAGCUUGCUCUGUCUCAAGAAGCUCGUGACACUCUCAGAUUCAUAGGCAAGAGAGAACGUAUCCUCAAGCAUGGCUGGAAAGAUGGAGUCUCUGGCUAUGAGCUACCCAAAAUUAUCCGGACAAAGAAAUUACAAGAGAACACCAUUAACAAAUCAUAUAAUGAAUUUCUUUCAAAAGACCUUAAUGAAUCCAAGGAAGGAUAUAUAACCAACAACAUGUUUGGCCAUGCUGUGAAAGAGAAAAAUAGAAGAACUAGAAGACUUAAAAACCUCUUUGGCUCCUCAGAGGCUAUUGAGUUCAACAACGAGCAGACAAGUAAGAGAAGUGUAGAUUCAGAAAAUUCGCAUUCCCCACUAUGGAACAAGAAGAAACAAUACCUUGACAACCCAAAUUACCCAAAAGAUACUCAUACAAGGAUAUUCGUACCUCAGAUUUGUAUCCCAAGGGCUGGGAGGAAGGUGAAAUUUGCUUAAAGAGUUCCUAUCAAAAGUCGUAUUUGCUUUCAGUAAGGCAUAAUUUCUAAAAAAAUAAUGUC